AUGGCAACUCGUUCGAGAGCAUUACACAGGUUAUUGCUAAGACCGAUAUUUAGCUUAAUCCUGAUAUUCGUCUUUUUUACGGCAGUGCUUCAUUACUUUAUUGAACCUUCAAACGAAGAUCUAUCUAUAACGACGGAAGAGCCAUCUGCGACCGCGGAAGAGCCAGGGAUAGACAACGAUGUAUACGAUAACCCACCUACAUUUGACGCCUGCGAUGUUGGAUGCAGCGACAAUGAUGAAAAAUUCAUCACAUACUUACCACAUAGUCAAUUCAAUAAUCAACGCAUUGAAUUAGAAAAUGCCAUUCUUGUGGCAUACUUCACUAAUCGUACUCUCAUCGUGCCUCCCCUCGUACUCGGACAUAUCAGCGCGUGGUCGACGUUCGAUAAGCUCUACUCAUUCCUAUCUGUAAGGCUACACAAGAACAACUGCGAUCCAAACGAUUUAGACACAAGGCGAAGAGGGAUGCAUCGCACACCACACUGUAGUACCUGGACUAUGCUUAAUUGGCAAGAAGUAUAUAACCUGACGGCAAUCCAACAAGAAGAACGCAUACGGAUGAUUACGGCACCAACCUUUAAGGUCGAGUGGAUAAAAAAAUCACUGAAACUCACAGAUGACGAUAUCAAAUACUUCAAAGACGAUACCUUGUAUAGCAUGAUGGUGUACGAUGAUCCCCAGAGCAUCACUCCACUCGGAAAAUAUCAACAACGUGCCGAUAUCUCAGACUUCAAGUCAAUUCCACAAAAACUCAUAUACUUUAAUAGUUUGUUUGGUGGUUCCCGUGUCCUAACUGAACUCGAAGAACAUCAAAACUUCCGUCGUCGCAUAUUACGCCACUUUGUUUUCAUCUACCCAAAGGUCAUGUCCACUGCCAACAAGAUCAUUGCAGCAUUGGGUGGUGCGAAAUCGUACAUCGGCAUUCACGUUCGAGUAUCCGAUGGACCUUUCAAAAGGGGUGCUCCGCAAAUAGUCGAGUCUAUUGUGAGAAACCUAUCCAAUCUCAACUCGACAUUUGAUGAAGCAGGCUCGUUGCGAUCGAGGAAAUGUCAGCACGAUUCUGGUCCAAUAAACGAUAAGGUAAUCUACAUGGCAACAGACAUAGCCAAUUCAAGGCGGACGAAAGAGUAUGACCUAUUAUACAAAAACUUCCCGUGUAUACUGACGCUAUCAGACUUUGAUCCGUUACUGGAGGACUUGACUUCGAUAGUAAAUAAAUGGGAUAACAUGAAGAUGUAUAAAUUCCUUCUUCCAUUCGUUGAUGUGAUAGUGUCUGCAAAGGGAGGCGCGUUCGUUGGAACCAGUCAUAGUACGUUUACUAGAUACGCAAGACAAUUGAAUAAAAUGUUCUUACUUGAUGAAAUAAAAUAA